AUGGUGCUGCUGUCCACGUGGUGCUACUGUCCACCAUGUGGACUGUCCACCUUGUGUCCACAUGGGGCUGCUGUCCACAUGGUGCUACUGUUCACAUGGUGCUGCUGUUCACAGGGUGCUGCUGUCCACAUGGUGCUGCUGUCCACAUGGUGCUACUGUCCACAUGGUGCUGCUGUCCACAUGGUGCUGCUGUCCACAUGGUGCUGCUGUCCACAUGGUGCUGCUGUCCACAUGGUGCUGCUGUUCACAGGGUGCUGCUGUUCACAUGGUGCUGCUGUCCACAUGGUGCUGCUGUCCACGUGGUGCUACUGUCCACCAUGUGGACUGUCCACCUUGUGUCCACAUGGUGCUGCUGUCCACAUGGUGCUGCUGUCCACAUGGUGCUACUGUCCACAUGGUGCUGCUGUCCACAUGGUGCUGCUGUCCACCAUGUGGACUGUCCACCUUGUGUCCACAUGGUGCUGCUGUCCACAUGGUGCUACUGUCCACAUGGUGCUGCUGUCCACAUGGUGCUACUGUCCACAUGGUGCUGCUGUCCACAUGGUGCUACUGUCCACAUGGUGCUACUGUCCACAUGGUGCUGCUGUCCACAUAGUGCUACUGUCCACAUGGUGCUGCUGUCCACAUGGUGCUACUGUCCACAUGGUGCUGCUGUCCACAUGGUGCUACUGUCCACAUGGUGCUGCUGUCCACAUGGUGCUGCUGUCCACAUAG